AUGGCUGAUCUCACAGAGACGGAGACGCGGCCGUCAAACUCGGCCACCGCAAAAGACGCAGAAAAGCAAGAGAGUAGCUGUUCGGAAAGCGAUCAGAGCAAGGAGAUUUCAACGAGUCCGCGCAAUGUCCACGGCUUCCUAUGGGUGACGGUCGUUCUGGCCAUCUACAGCUCGACGUUCCUCUUUGCCCUCGACAAUACCAUCGUCGCCAACAUCCAACCUGCCAUCAUCAAAUCGCUGAACGGAGUUGACAAGCUGGCCUGGUCCGGCGUCGCAUUCGUGAUGGCCUCCAGCGCGACCGUCCUUACUUGGCUCCAGAUCUUCAACCAGUUCAACAUCAAGUGGAUGUAUAUUUUCUCCAUUGCGGUGUUCAUGGCCGGCUCCGCCAUCUGCGGAGCGGCGCAGUCGAUGAACAUGCUCAUCGGGGGCCGUGUGAUCUGCGGCGUGGGCGGCGUGGGCCAGUACGUCGGCGUCAUGAAUUUCCUCCCUCGCUUGACGUCGAUGCAAGAACGUCCGAUGUACGUCAGUGCGAUGGGUCUGACCUGGGGCGCGGGCACCGUCCUCGGUCCCAUAAUCGGCGGCGCGUUUACCGAUAGUUCUGCGGGCUGGCGGUGGUCGUUCUACAUCAAUCUUUGUGUCGGCGGCCUGUUCACCCCGGUGUACAUCUUCUUGCUGCCUUCGCUGCACCCGCAGCCCGUGGUGACCCCUGUUAUCGAGCGGCUGAAGCGGAUGGAUCUUGUGGGCACGCUCAUCCUCAUGGGUGCCUUAGCGGCGGGAGUCAUCGGUGUCAACUUCGCCGGCGCCAUGUAUCCCUGGGACGCACCAGGCAUCAUCGUCGCGCUCGUGCUCGGCGGAGUGUUGUUCAUUGUCUUUGGAGUCCAGCAAACCUUCUGCAUUUUCACCACCGAAGAAACACGCCUCUUCCCCGUGGAACUGGUCUCCUGGCGCAAGCCGCUCCUGACUCUUCUCUUUAUCUGCGGUUGCUGCACGGGAGUCUGCGUGACUGUCCCCACGUACAUCAUCCCCCUGUACUUCCAGUUCACUGCGUCGGACGAGUCGCUCCAGUCGGGCGUCCGGCUACUCCCGUUUGUCUGCCUGCUCGUGUUCAGUUGCGUCGGAGGCGGAUUCCUCACCUCCCGGUUGGGGUACUACAUCCCCUGGUACAUCAUGGGAGGAGUUUUGUGUCUGGUGGGCUCCGCGCUGAUGUACACAAUCCAUCCUCACAGCAGCGCGGGAGCGACCUACGGAUAUAGUGCGCUGAUCGGUCUGGGAGCGGGAAUGUAUCUCCAACUGGGUCAUGCCGUGGCGCAGGCGAAAGUCAAGCCCGAAAAGGUUCCGGCCGCCGUUGCGUUCACCACCACUGCACAGCUGAAUGGAUUGGCUUUUGCCUUGGUCAUAGCACAGUGCGUCUUUGUCAAUGAGGCUGCGAAGCGAAUCUCAUGGGUUCUCCCACACGAGGCCCGUUCGACCAUCAUUGAUGCCAUUUCCGGAACUGGCUCGACCUUCGUACAGGACUUGGACCCGGCCACCAAGAGCAAAGUUCUCUCUGCGAUCGUUACGGCCAUUGAUCGGACUUAUAUCCUCUGCAUUGUGGCUGGUGCGAUCACUCUGCUCGCGACAUUCGGUAUGAAAUGGGAGCGGCUGUUCAUUGCCGCUACGGCCGCUGCAUGA